UCGAGUCACGUGCGCGCCCCGUCCCGAGGGGAGGCGGCGGCCCCGGGGAAAGUUCCCGGCCGGACGCGGUGGGCGCAGGUGGCACUGAGCUGUCCCUAUGGCAGAGAAAUUGGACUCCCGAGAUUCAGAGAGCAGCUGGGUGCUGGAGGGGAGCGAGGAUCUGCCCAUCGACACUCUGGGUCCAGAGCACGACUCARCCUCCCAUGGGUCUGAGGAUGAGGAGCUGGAGGAGGAAGAUGAAGGCACCCAGGACACAGUCACAGCCGUGACCACCAAUGGUGCCACCACCUCCCCUGAGGGCAGCAGGCAGGGGCGCCUGUGUCUGCAGGAGCCAGAGGAGUAUGAGGACAGCAAGGCAAAGGCAGUGCCUGCCCUGAAUGGCUCUGCAGAGCCCGGUGUGCUGGAGAGUGAUGAGCAGGAGGAGCCGAAUGCYGAGGCAGAGCCACAACCCUGCCCUGACACUCCCCAAGCAGGGCCAACAGUGAAGGACAGGGRCAGCACCAGCAGUGACACUGACACAGACGGGCUGCGGUGGCGGCAGCGUCACAAGCCCUGUCCUGAGCCCACCACUGUCACGCCUGCCCCACACCAAGGGACACCAGACACGGAUGAUGAUGGGCUCACUAUGAGCAAGUACUUGCUGGGUGCCUUAGCACUGGUUGCUGUAGGGCUGUUGAUCAUCACUGGUGGUAUCUAUGACAUGGCCGAUGACGCUGUGGAAAGCGUGGGGAGCUGGGACUUGGCUGCUGGGGAGCAGGAGCCAUCGCUGUCCAUGGACAGCAAUGACUCACAGCAGAAGCCCUCUCUGCCAGAUGCCGGAGACCCCCAGAGCAUGCAGUCCAUGAGCCARCUCCUGGACAAGCUGGCCAAGGAGAACCAGGAGAUCCGGCUCAUGCAGGCAGAGCUGCAGGCCCACAAGGACGAUCUGCGGGCGCUGCUGCACAGGAGCGAGAGCGAGGCGGCMGCGGCCGGAGCGCAGCAGCGCAGUUUGGCUGCAGAGAACGCGCAGCUGCGUGCGGCGCUGGAGCGGGAGGUCACUGCCCUGCGGGAGGCCCAGGCUGAGCUGCGGCGYCUGCAGGCCAAAGGGACACCGGGCAGCCCCGGGGAGCCAGCAGCAGGGCAGCCCCGUGCCAAAGGGGCACCCGUGCACAGUAAGGUGGCACAGCGCCGUGGCAGUCUGGAUUCACUGCGGCAGGAGCUAGCGGAAACCCUAGAGCGUGUGCGGGGCUCUGGGGAUUUCAAGGGGCUUGCGGAGGAACUAAGCACCCUGGAGCAGCACCUGGCUGAGAUGCUGGAGGGGGUCAGGUCCUCCCCCACACCCUGGAAGAAGCCAUUCAAGGUGAAGAAAGAGAACAGCUGGCACAAGCAUAGUGGCACCAGAGGGUCCCCCCACGAGCAGGAGARGAGGGAGCAUGGCAAACCCCAUGGUCACAGGAAGGAUCCCCGACCGCCCCGUGAGCACAAGGCAGGCAAAGGCUGGGGGAAGCCGUCCCACAGCCACCCCCAGCAUGGUUCCCGUGAGCUGCCCCCGCUUGAGCAGUACCGGGCACCGCAGGGCUGCUCGGGGGUGGCUGACUGUGCCCACAAGGAGGGUCGGGAAGUGCUGGGGGCUGCGCUGGAACCGGUGCAGAAGGUGCAGUUCCUGCAGCUGCUGGAGAGCUUCAUGGGGCAGCUGGGCUUGGGGGGGCACUUCAGGGGGCUGGCACCGCGGCUUGAUGGGGUUUUUAGGCCCGAUGGUGUCUUUGCCCACGACCGCCUGCGGUUUGUUGAUUUUGUGGAUGAYGUGGAGGAGCUGCUUGAGGAUGUGGCACGGCAGGAGUUGGGCAACAAGAAGGCAGUUGAUGACUUCGAGGACUACGUGCUGCGGCACUACAGGGGCUCCUCUGGAAACGUGUGGGGCCAGAAAACCCCACGGCAGCAYGGCAUGGGUGGGUAGAGCCAGUGGAAAGAGUUGUGUGCCAGCACCCCCAUGCAAGGGCUCCCCAUGUACUGUUUGUGGGGUUCUGGGGGUUACCAUUAUACACUGUAGGGCCAAGCAAUGCCACGAUCCCAACAAAAUGCACUGUGUGAUGCUGCACUGCCACCAUGAAUAAAGUCAGCACUGGGCA